AUGUUUCGACGACUCGAGACCCUGAUUUAUCUAUCUAGCAUUCUCAUCCACGCACCCUAUGGGGGCAAGGAAGCUCGGCUCGGCUCCUGGCGCGCCCUAGUUGAGGCGCAAAAGGCAGGGAAGACUCGCUCGAUUGGGGUUUCGAACUACGGCAUCCACCACCUCGAGGAGCUGGAGGAAUAUAUCCAGACUGGCGGCGGCGGCGAGAUCUCCGUGGGCCAGUACGAACUCCACCCAUGGCUGGAUCACUCGGACAUCGCGGAGUGGCUGCAAAGCCGAGGUAUUGUCGUAGAGGCGUACUCGCCCCUGGCGCAUGGAACUCGAUUCCGUGAGCCUGUGUUGAAAAGGAUCGGCGAGAAACAUAACAAGUCGCCGGCGCAGGUGCUGAUCCGGUGGAGUUUGCAGAUGGUGGGUUGUUGA